AUGAAAUGUGUUAGUUCCAAUUCAGCAUCGCCAACAUGUGAUCGUUGUGAAAGGUCGGGGAAACGAUGUAUUUAUGAGACACAUAGGCGAGGACCUGGCUUCAAUAAUCGAACUUUGGGUUCGUAUUCAGCGCCUUCAGGAUCUGAGCAGUCACCAUUUACACCGGGCAAGUUAGGCACCACUCUCGAUACAAAAACAACAUUGGGAACGAAAUCAUCCAACCGUUUGGAUCUGUUGAUGCAAAAUCCUAACUCCACAACAAACCCAGUGAAGAAUCAUGAUCCUAUCGAGAUGGGACUGAUUAGCAGACCCUCUGCUCAAAUUCUCUUCGAAGGGUUCUUUGAACAUUUCAACUCCCUUGUUGGACUCUUAGAUCCACACUUAUACUCGUUCAUAUACACAAGAAGUCGAUCUAGCUUACUAUUCACGAUGGUACUGGCUAUUGCAGCCAGGAUAUUCCAUCCUCAAUCCUACAAGACUAUCAAAGACCACUCCGAAGCAUUACUCGGCAGAGCUCUUCUAGCAUGUGAUUCGGCAAUAGAGAACAUCUGGGCUAUCAUCUGCAUGUAUCACUGGAAGGAUACAAAUGAUAAGAGAGGAGAAGUAUUGAUUGGCUUUGCCUCACGGAUGGCAGCCUAUGCGGAAUGGAACAUACCUCACCGGGACACCUCAGAAGGGAGACAUGUCCUUGACUUAGCUGAGCUUGAGCUGCGACAAGAACGAGACCGACAAAGAGUUUUCGCCAUCCUUUAUUAUAGCGAGAGGACGUUGACUUACCUCACCAAGCACCCCCCAAAUACAUCGCUCGUUAUUCCCAAGACAAUCUCUCGAACUUGGAUUGACUCAACAAAAUUUAGUUAUAGAUUAGGCGAUUGCACAUCCGUCAGUAGCCUCGAAACCACCAAUAUUGUUAACGAAGUAUAUGAAAGCAUCACAAAAUUUGGAGACCGCCACGAUUCGCAUCCAAAAUUGGUUGCUGACUUUGAGAAUUUUCAUAAUGCAAUGAGUUCUUUCAAUAAAAGAAUUGAAGAAUGGGGAGAUGAAUGGUGUACUAUAUAUUCGAACUUUCCCAACCUGCAGCCUCCGCAACAAUUCAUCACCCUCCUCCAACGCGACUAUACGUGUUUGUACUUCAAUACUAUACAUCUUCAUAUGCUACUGGAAUCAGAUGAUAGGUCUUUCCUCGGCGACCAAAUAGCCCAUACGACUUGUAUCUGCUUCUCCAGCGCUUUCGGCAUUUUGCAACGCGCAGUUCAUUUCGGGGAGAUGGACGUCAUCUAUUAUCUUUGGGAUAAUGCUCAUAAGAUGAUUGCGUAUGCGGCAAUGCUGGUUCCGAAAUUUUUAGCCCAAGGUAUCAAUGAGCCUACCACGUUGAAACAGGAAGCGACCUUGAUACUUGAUCAAGCAACAACAGCAUACCUCAUCGCAAGCCGGUCCAUGCGCAUUCGGGAAUCUGAUACACCAGCUUAUAAAACAGGAGAUGAUAACCGCGUAUAUACUCAAGCACGACUUCUGUCAAUUAUCCUUGCGAUACUCAAUGACGCCACUUCAUACACAGAGGAGAGUUCUGAAUCGAGAGGAGCGCCGGACAUACCUUUCAACCCGGAUCUUCCAUGGCUUGAAGAAGAUGAAACUCCAUUCAACUUUUUUACAGAAGACAGGACGAAUCAUCUUGAAUCUCAGAACAUCGGCUUUGAUGAUCAUACAUUCACUCAGCCAGACUAUCUAAGUUCGUAUGUAUCACAGGAAUAUGAGAAGCUAGACUUGGUGGAGGACAGGGACUUUCUCAACUCUAUGUACCUCAAUGCUGGGCUACUCCCAUUGCAAGAAUCGGGAAUCCUUUCUUGGAAUCCUUAA